ACUGUACACAAUGUAAUGGCAGGGACAGCAACACUUCCCCCCCUCCCCUAUACUGUACACAAUGACACUGUCCUCCCCAUACUACUUUAUUAUCUUAUUCCACACAAUCCCCGGGGGCACUACCACCGCUGUCCCGGGGGGUGCUAUCCCACUGCACUGCCCUGACAAUGGAUUCUGUAUAACACAUCAGUGUGGACGGUUCUCUCUGACCUACCCCGCCUACUUCGUCUUGGUACAGUCCACAAACGCUGGGCUUAUCCCGGAAGUUGACACUGUUUCCUAGCAACAAGAUGUCUGCUCAGGGCAGCCCUAGGUCUGAUAUGGAACAUGUUGAUGAUACAGAGAAGGAUCUUCAAGUGUCAAGUGGCGAGACUUUGCAAGACAACCCUUCUACUCAGUCAGCUGAAGAGACCGUGGAUGAGACUCCAGUGGUAACAAGCACCCAGGCUAUGGCAUCCUCUACUUCUGCCACCAGUGAACAGAGGUCGGUUGUGUCCCAAGACAUGGAGAACAUAUCAGAGCCAGGUGACACAGGAGUUGUGACUUCCUCCCCAUAUGCUUCUCUGUAUCCGUUCAGACAGUACUCGGAUGAUGGUGAAGAUGAGCAGGAAAAGGAACCUAUUGACCCUCAGAAUGAAAACAAUUCCACUGAUGAAGAGGAUGAUGAAGAUGAAGAAUCAGAAUUGGUGGUUUUGGAUCCGAAUCAUCCCUUAAUGACAAGGUUCCAGACAGCUCUGAAGAGUUACCUUACCAAACAGAUACAAAGCCUGGACCUGGAGCUACGUGAAAUGAGUACAUCAAUGAAGAAAACUAAAAGUGAACGGGAAGAUCUUGGUGUGAUUUUGUAUGGCAUACAGCAGGAAUUGGCUCGUCUGCAGAUGGGCUUAGAAAAACAUCACGAUAAACAUGCCCAGGUUUCCACACUACGUAGACAAAUAGAAGAAGACCUGGAAGCUAUUAGAAACCUCUACAAGACAACUCAUCAGUCUAAUGAUGCUGAGCGUAAGAAGGUGUCCUUUAUGCAAACAGAAGUAGAAGACUUGGCAUUAAGUUUGUUCUACAUGGAGAAUAUGAGCCGAGAUGUGGCUUCAGACAUCUCAGUGAUGAAACGUGUCAUGCAAAAGUCUGAGGCAGAAAGGAUUCAAGUAGAGGUGGAGAAGAAGAGACAGGAUAUGUUUGUAGAUCGUCUGACUCGAGAAGCAGACCGUUUGCGAGAGCAGAUUUCUCUCUAUGAAGCACAGCUUGAUGCUCAAAGAGAAGAUACGAAAGCAGCACGAGAAGUAGUGUCAGAGGCUAAUAUGGAAAUUGAAGCAAUUUUUCUAGAAAAGAAGCAGCUUCUUCAACAGUGGAAUAGCAGCUUAAUUGGAAUGACAAGGAGAGAUGAAGCCUAUUCUGCCAUCCAGGAAGCACUUAGUCUGGCACAUCAGGAACUGCGCUCCAUGGACACAGAAAUAGAAAGUUAUAAGAAAUCUGCCACAAAAGAAGAGGAAAAGAAUGAGAAGUUGGCCUUUAUGAUUAACCAGGCAGAGAGUGAUGCAGCCAUGAGCAAGAAGCUCAUUACUCAGUGUCAAGCAAGACAGGAAGCACUGAGAGUAGAGUUUAGUACAUACAUGCGUACAUUACAGGAGACUGAACAAGCUCUGAACAGGGUCACUGCAGAUCGAGCUGUUCGCUUGACUGAGCUGACUACUGUCCGGAAACAAAUUGAGAAGGAAUCUCAAAUAAAAGGAUCCUUGGAAAACCAAAUAAUGGAAACAUUACAAGAAAAAUUGACCUCUGAUAAAGCUGCUAAAUAUUCCUCACUUUUAACAGGGAAGCUACAGAAAAGACAGCUAGAACUGGAAAUUGAUUGUUCUAAAAUGGAAAAUGAGACCUCUCAGGUGCAGCUAGAGGUUAAUCAUAGUACAUCGCGUAUUAAAGCUUUACAAAAGAUACUGGAUGAGUUGGAGAAGAAAAUUCAAGCCACCAAUGAGUUGAUCUCUCGCAGCCAGAGUGAAAUUGCAAAGCGAACAAUAACAAUCGAGAGGAAGCAGUCCAGCAUUAAUUUGUACAGCAAGCAGAUUGAGUUAACGCUUGCUCAAAUUGGGGGUAAAGAACUAGGACCUUUGGAGAUCCAGAUCACUGCGCUGACUAAACAGAUCGAGGAAUGCAAUACAGAAAUUGUGGCAGUGCAGCAGUAUUGGCUCCGUUUGCAGACAGAGAUGGUCCAGCUGACCAGGCUGAGAGAAGAGCAGGAUUCUUCAGUAGAGAUGUUAAAGAAAGAACUGACUAUAUUACAACAGAGGAAAAUUCGCAUAGAAAAUGAAAUUGAGCAGGAGAAAAAUGAGCAAAAGGAUAUUGAACAUCACAUGAGAAACCUAAAAAAUGACAUGCUACGUCUGAACAUGCUGCUAAACAAAAACAUAAGCUCCAAGGAGCAGUUACAGCAACACAAUCAGCUGAUGGAGAGUGAGUUUAUACAAUCUCUUCGGGAGGCUGAGAGAGAAUCAGUAGAGAUGCAGGGGAAUCUUGUAAACCUCCAAGAAGAGAAGGAGAGGCUACUUAAAGACCUAGUGGAAACUGAGCAUCAAAUAAUGCUUUGGGAGAAGAAAAUUAAUCUGGCAAAGGAGAUGAGAAAUGCAGUGGACUCAGACGCUGGCCAAGGAGAAAUCCGAGCAAUGAAAGCAGAAAUACAUCGUAUGCAGGUACGUUACACUCAGUUGAUGAAGCAGCAGGAGAAGAUGAUCCGUGACAUGGAGGCUGUAGUUUCUCGCAGAGAGACAAUUAUGAUGCGGGGAAAGAACCAGAGUGAGAGAGACAAAAAAAACCUGACCGCCAGCGAAUUUCGUGGCAAGCUGCAAGAACUACGAAAGAAGAUAAAGGAAACCGUGAAGAAUACAGAGGAAUGUACCAACACCAUCUUGGAUCUUGAAGAGACUGAGAGGUCACUCGGUUUUGCCAUUACAGAAAAACAGAACAGCAUCUCCAGCCUGAAAGUAGACACCAGCUCCAUGGAGAAUGAAAUUGAGAACCUACAUGAGAAGAAACGUCUGAACCUGACACAGAUUGUGGCCUUUCAGACACGUAUGAAGUAUUUGCAGGCUGUGAAAGAAGGAAAAUACACCCCAGUUUUCAGCACUUUACAAGCUCUAGAAGCAGAGCAACAGAAGCAAGAAAAUCGCAUGCAUACAGUCAGCACUAUCAUUCACCAGAUCCAGCAGGAAUACCCACAGUAUCAGAAUGCCUUGCACAGUAUAAGUCUUGCACUGGAAGCAAGGCUUGGCCCUCAGGAAGGUGUGUCAGGGAGGGCUCAAUGAACAAUGUCUAUAGCAAAAAUACAAUAAAGAAAUUGAAUAUA